AAGUAUAUAAAUAUUUUUUGCUUUUAUUUUCAAACUUAAUACAUACACAACACAUACACACAGUCAAUUAAGUCCUUGAAAUGGGCAAUCUACUCGCACAUUUGCGCGGACUGCCGCCAGCAACCAAGUGGACAAUGACACUAACGACAGUGCUUUCCCUCGGGGCGGUUUUCCUGCGCUACAUCGCUGGCGAGCAAACAGUCAAGGACACCAAAUACAUGGCGAGCCAGGACGCAGCCAACAUUGUUCUCCUGCGCCCUGCCAUGCUGACCUCCUACCCAUGGACGCUCCUCACCACAACGUUUGUCGAGCCCAAUUUUUUCUUUCUCCUCUACGGGCUCUUUGCACUGGCCACGGUGGGCAGUUUCCUCGAGCGGCAGUGGGGCACGCGCGGGUACGUCCAGGUGGUCGCAGUGCUGGCGAUAGUGCCCGUGGUCGUAGCCACGGUGAUUGUAGUGUGCAUUGGUGUGGCGCGCGAAGACUCGGUUAUCCUGUACGAUAACCGGAUCGGCGGACUCUCCGCUUUGCUCUCUGGACUCACGGUCGGGCUGAAGCAGCUGGUGCCAGAGCAUACCGUGAAGCUCUUCCGCGGCCGACUCGGGUUCCGUAUGAACGACCUACCCGGGUUCUACACGCUGAUUUUCCCAAUCAUAUAUACAUUAUUGGAUGACUUGCCAAGUGUCAUCUUGGUGAAUGUAGGGUUUCUGGCGGCGUUUGUGUUUUUGAGGUUCUACCGGUAUGAAGGUAACGGCGGUGUUAGGGGCGACCGUAGUGAGGCGUUUGCGUUUUGUACGUUUUUCCCAGAGUUUGUGCGGCCGGUUGUGCGCAAGCUGGAUGGGGUGGUCUAUUGGCUGGCCGUGAAGCUGAGGCUGGUGGCUUCGGAGGAUGGGUAUCGGCAGGCGGCGGAGGCGGAUUUGGACUUGGACCAGUUUUCUCCCAGUGGUGGCCCCCUGGAGGUUGUUGUCACUGGAGGAAGUGAUGUGGAUGAGUCGGCGGAGGUUGCCGAUCGGAGACGUGCGUUGGCGGCGAAAGUCCUGGAUAUGAGGUUGGGCAGCGGAGGCAACAACACAUCAUCAUCGGUCUCGGCCUCGGCUGGAACCAAUUAGGCGAAAUAAACACCACCCACUCCCCAACUGUCUUUAUCUAUUUUUUUUAAAAUUAGGUGGUGGGUUUUGCUUUUCUUGUUCUUUUCCUUCGCUUUGGUUAGCAAUUUUACAUUUACCUAUUUAAAAAAGAAUUACAAUGCACACUUUGUUGAGGGCACGGCCGUCGGCGACAACAAUGUGUUUUGCGGCAUACACGCGGCGAUUUGCCCAAAGCCAAAGCCAAAGCCACAGCCAAGGCCACAGCCAAGGCCACAGCCAAGGCCACAGCCAAGGCCACAGCCAAGGCCACAGCCAAGG